UUAAGCAAAUCCGGCGUUAUAUCAACGCGACUCGGCCUCGACCGGUAAAAGCGGUUGAUCCCACACCCCAUAUUUAAACGGAAAAACCCCACCUGAAUUCAACUCCGAAUCUUUCUCCAAUCUUCAAAAUUUCUCCCAAUUCCUCACGAUCUGCAAUUCAAACCCUCAUUUCCAAUUUCCAAAUCAACCCAACUCUCUCUCUCUCUCUCUCUCUCUAAGAAAUGGGAGCCUCACAGAGUCGCGAGGGCCUAGACCUUUCAGACUCGGAGUACUCCGACGACGGCGAAGAAACCAGCGAAGAACAACAAUACGACGACGCGGUGGACCACGGCGACGAUCCACAGCACCACCAACAACAACGACCAGCUUCUUCCAAACCCGCAACCCUAGACGAGCUCGACGAGAGGCUGAAGGCCCUCAAGCUCAAAUACCCUCCCCAUCAUCAAAACCCUAAUUCCAGAAACGCCGUCAAGCUCUACCUCCACAUCGGCGGCAACACCCCCAGGGCCAAGUGGAUCGUCUCCGACAAACUCACCCACUACGAAUUCCUCAAAAACGACGCCGACGACGACGAUGACAAGGGUAAUGAUCACUGGGUUUUGAAAGUGGGGUCCAAGAUUAGAGCUAGGGUUUCGACCGACAUGCAAUUGAAGAUGUUCGGGGACCAGAGGCGCGUCGAUUUCGUCUCGAACGGGGUGUGGGCGUUGAGGUUUUUUACGGAUGAGGAGUAUCGGAGGUUUGUAACCGAGUUUCAGGACUGUUUGUUUGAGAACGUUUAUGGGUUGGUUGCUAGCGAUGAGAACAAGCUUAAGGUUUACGGGAAGGAGUUUCUGGGGUGGGUUAAGCCGGAGGCUGCCGACGAUUCGAUGUGGGAGGAUGCAGAGGCGGGAGAGUGGAAGAGUCCUCCGGCAAAGAGCUCGGUGAGGACUGGGAAUCAGGAUGCUUUGUUGGAGGAGUUUGAGGAGGCGGCGACGGGGGGAGGGAUACAGAGCUUGGCAUUAGGGGCGUUGGAUAAUAGUUUCUUCGUGAAUGAUAUGGGUGUUCAGGUUGUGAAGAAUUUCAGCCAUGGGAUACAUGGGAAAGGGGUGUACGUGAAGUUCGAUAGUGGCGGGCAAAAGGGUAGUCGUAUUAGUUCUAGCGAGGGAAGAUCGACGCCUAAGAAGGCUGUUUUGAUGAGAGGUGAGACUAAUAUGAUGCUAAUGAGUCCAUUAAAGGAAGGGAAGCCUCGUUCGACUGGACUCCACCAGUUGGAUAUUGAGACAGGGAAGAUUGUUACGGAAUGGAAGUUUGAAAAAGAUGGGACCGAUGUUACAAUGAGAGAUAUUACUAAUGAUACAAAAGGGUCUCAGUUGGAUCCUUCAGAGAGUACAUUCUUGGGUUUGGAUGAUAAUAGGCUGUGCCAGUGGGAUAUGAGAGAUAAGCACGGAAUGGUUCAGAAUAUAGCGAGUUCAAAUUCGCCAGUAUUGAAUUGGACACAGGGGCAUCAAUUCUCUAGGGGGACGAAUUUCCAGUGCUUUGCGACAGCCGGGGAUGGGUCCAUCGUUGUUGGUUCGGUUGAUGGGAAGAUAAGGCUGUAUUCGAAGACUUCAAUGAGGCAGGCCAAGACUGCUUUUCCAGGGCUUGGCUCGCCCAUUACUCAUGUCGAUGUGACGUACGAUGGGAAAUGGGUAUUGGGCACCACUGACACUUAUUUGGUUCUCAUUUGCACUCUGUUUACUGACAAAGAUGGGAAGACGAAGACUGGUUUCUGUGGUCGAAUGGGAAAUAAAAUCCCAGCUCCGAGAUUAUUGAAGCUGACUCCCGUGGAUUCGCAUAUGGCUGGGACAGACAAUAGGUUCCAAAGAGGCCAGUUCUCGUGGGUCACUGAGAAUGGGAAGCAAGAGCGCCACCUGGUCGCAACAGUGGGCAAAUUCAGCGUGAUAUGGAAUUUCCAGCAGGUGAAGAACAGUGCCCACGAAUGUUACAUGAAUCAGCAGGGCCUCAAGAGCUGCUAUUGCUACAAGAUUGUGUUAAAAGAUGAAUCCAUUAUUGAUAGUCGGUUCAUGCACGAUAGAUUUGCUGUUAGUGACUCCCCGGAAGCUCCCCUCGUCGUAGCUACUCCCAUGAAAGUUACUUCUUUCAGCAUAUCUGGAAGCAAGCGGUGAACACCAAGAAAAGCGUUUUCUCGUCUCCGUUCAAUAGUUCUCGUUAUAUCCUUCCAAUUUGUUUGUUUCUUUUGAUUGAUUUGGGUUUCUUUCCUACUGAUGUAGUUUGUGUAUUGUGCAAAUUUAGGUUUGUUUGCAGUUUGCCAUAACUGGAUUUGCUUUCAGCCUGAUGUAACUCUUCCAUGUUGUUAGUAUCUUUGAGUUGAUAUCAAUGGUAGCAGAGAUUAAUUCGUAGUUUGACCUUCAAA